AUGAAGGAUCCAUCAAAUUCAUACCUUUCCUCAGAGGAAUUCCUCAGGAAUGUUUAUGUUUUGGCAGUUCUCCUCUUCCUGGCCCUUAUCUUGCAGAGGACAUUCCUGCAGGCAUCCUACUAUGUGACUACAGAAACUGGCAUCAACCUACGAGGUGCUUUACUGGCAAUGAUAUAUAACAAGAUCCUGAGGCUUUCUACAUCCAACUUGUCCAUGGGAGAGAUGACGCUGGGACAGAUCAAUAACUUGGUCGCCAUAGAAACAAAUCAAUUAAUGUGGUUCUUGUUCCUGUGCCCCAAUCUGUGGGCCAUGCCUGUUCAGAUAAUAAUGGGUGUGAUCCUGCUCUAUAAUUUACUGGGAGUGAGUGCCUUAGUUGGUGCUGCUGUCAUUGUCCUCUUAGCUCCAAUACAGUACUUCAUAGCUACGAAGCUGGCUGAGGCUCAGAAGAGCACUCUUGACUAUUCAACUGAGAGACUAAAGAAAACCAAUGAAAUACUAAAAGGUAUUAAAUUAUUAAAGCUGUAUGCCUGGGAACACAUAUUUUGUACCAGCGUGGAAGAAACAAGAAUGAAGGAACUCACCAGUCUCAAAACCUUUGCACUUCACACAUCUCUUUCCAUUUUUAUGAAUGCGGCCAUACCAAUAGCAGCUGUUCUUGCAACCUUCGUGACCUAUGCAUAUACCAACGAGAAGCCACUGCAGCCUGCCCAGGCCUUUGCAUCACUGUCCCUCUUCCACAUCCUGGUCACACCACUGUUCCUGCUCUCUACUGUGGUUCGUUUUGCAGUCAAGGCUAUCAUAAGUGUACAGAAGCUGAAUGAGUUCCUCCUGAGUGAUGAGAUUGGAGAUGACAGCUGGAGAGGUGGAGACAGCUCUUUAGCUUAUGAAUCCUGUAAGAAGCACACAGGACUUCACACCAAGGCCAUCAACAGGAGGCAGCCCUUGAGAUAUCAGCUUGAAAGCUAUGAACAGCCAACAAGGAAGCAAACACGUCCUGUGGAGAUAGAUGACAUUGCAAUCAAGGUGACCAAUGGAUACUUUUCAUGGGGAAGUGGCUUAGCUACAUUGUCCAACAUAAACAUCAGAAUCCCAACAGGUCAGAUGACAAUGAUUGUGGGCCAGGUUGGCUGUGGCAAGUCAUCACUUCUCCUUGCUAUACUGGGAGAGAUGCAGACACUGGAGGGCAAAGUUCACUGGAGCAAUGUAAAUGAAACUGAACCUUCUUUUGAAGCAUCCAGAAGCAGAAACAGGUACUCAGUGGCUUAUGCAGCUCAGAAGCCGUGGCUGCUGAAUGCAACCGUGGAGGAGAACAUUAUCUUUGGAAGCCCAUUUAAUAAACAGAGGUACAAAGCUGUUACAGAUGCAUGCUCUCUGCAGCCUGACAUCGACUUACUACCAUUUGGUGAUCAGACAGAAAUUGGAGAAAGGGGGAUUAAUUUAAGUGGUGGCCAGCGACAGAGAAUCUGUGUAGCUCGAGCACUCUAUCAGAACACCAACAUUGUCUUCCUGGAUGACCCAUUCUCUGCGCUGGAUAUUCACUUAAGUGAUCAUUUAAUGCAGGAAGGGAUUUUGAAGUUUCUGCAAGAAGACAAGAGGACUCUUGUUCUGGUGACACAUAAGUUGCAGUAUCUACCACAUGCUGACUGGAUCAUAGCAAUGAAGGAUGGAAUGGUGCUUAGAGAAGGGACACUAAAGGAUAUCCAAAACAAGGAUAUCGAGCUAUAUGAACACUGGAAAACUCUGAUGAAUCGCCAAGAUCAAGAACUGGAAAAGGAUAUGGAAGCUGACCAGACUACUCUUGAAAGAAAAACUCUUAGAAGGGCUAUGUACCCCAGAGAAUCAAAAUCACAACUAGAAGAUGAAGAUGAAGAGGAAGAAGAGGAAGAAGAAGAAGAUGACAAUAUGUCAACUGUCUUGAGGCUCAGGACAAAGAUGCCAUGGAAAACCUGCUGGAGUUAUCUAACCUCUGGAGGAUUUUUCUUGCUCUUUCUGAUGAUUUUCUCAAAGCUGUUGAAACACUCAGUUAUAGUGGCCAUAGAUUACUGGCUUGCUACGUGGACAUCAAAGGACAAUCCAAAUGAAGUCAGGAGCACUGAUGAUAAGAGCACAAACAAGACUUAUCAUGUAGCUGUCUUCAGCAUCCUCUCUGGAGCAGGGAUUGUCCUUUGCCUUAUCACAUCUCUAACUGUGGAGUGGAUGGGCCUCACAGCAGCCAAGAACCUACACCAUAAUCUCCUCAACAAGAUCAUCCUUGGACCCAUCAGGUUCUUCGAUAUGACUCCAUUGGGGCUAAUUCUAAAUCGCUUCUCUGCUGAUACAAAUAUCAUUGAUCAGCACAUUCCUCCUACGCUGGAGUCUCUUACUCGUUCCACCUUACUCUGCCUGUCAGCCAUUGGAAUGAUCUCUUAUGCCACCCCAUGGUUCCUUGUUGCCCUCGUGCCUCUUGGGAUAGCAUUUUAUUUCAUCCAGAAAUAUUUCAGAGUUGCUUCCAAGGACCUCCAGGAACUCGAUGACAGCACCCAGCUCCCUUUAUUGUGUCACUUCUCUGAGACAGCUGAAGGCCUUACCACCAUCAGAGCCUUCAGGCACGAAGCCAGGUUUAAACAACGUAUGCUGGAACUCACGGACACGAACAACAUUGCCUACUUAUUUCUGUCAGCUGCCAACAGAUGGCUGGAGGUCAGGACGGAUUACCUUGGUGCUUGUAUAGUUCUGACUGCAGCUGUCACUUCCAUCACUGAAGGACCUAACUCAGGGUUUGUGGGGUUAGGUCUCCUCUACGCCCUGACGAUAACCAACUAUCUGAACUGGGUGGUGAGGAAUCUGGCUGAUCUGGAGGUGCAGAUGGGUGCAGUAAAAAAAGUCCACAGCUUCCUGAACAUGGAGUCCGAGAACUAUGACGGCUGCUUGGAUCCCUCUCAAGUCCCCAAAGACUGGCCCCAGGAGGGAGAAAUCAAGAUUGAAAAUUUGUGUGUUCGAUAUGAAAACAACCUGAAGCCUGUUCUCAAGCAUGUGAAGGCAUACAUCAAACCAGGACAAAAGGUUGGAAUCUGUGGCCGUACUGGCAGUGGCAAGUCAUCCCUGUCUUUGGCAUUCUUCAGAAUGGUGGACAUAUUUGAUGGGAGGAUAGUGAUUGAUGGAAUAGACAUCAGCAAACUGCCUCUUCACACCCUCCGCUCCCGACUCUCCAUCAUUCUUCAGGAUCCAAUAUUGUUCAGUGGCUCUAUCCGCUUCAAUUUGGAUCCAGAAUGCAAGUGUACCGACGAUAGGCUCUGGGAAGCUUUGGAGAUUGCUCAGUUGAAGAACAUGGUCAAGUCAUUGCCAGGAGGCCUUGAUGCGAUGGUCACAGAAGGAGGAGAGAACUUCAGUGUAGGGCAAAGGCAGCUCUUCUGUCUGGCCAGAGCCUUUGUCCGCAAGAGCAGCAUUCUCAUCAUGGAUGAGGCCACAGCAUCUAUUGACAUGGCCACAGAGAACAUUUUGCAGAAGGUUGUGAUGACUGCCUUUGCAGACCGCACCGUGGUGACCAUAGCGCAUCGGGUUCACACCAUCCUAACUGCAGAUCUGGUCAUCGUCAUGAAGCGAGGCAACAUUCUAGAAUAUGACACCCCUGAGAACCUCCUCUCCCAAGAAGAUGGCAUCUUUGCUUCAUUUGUCCGGGCUGACAUGUGAAGAACAGCAGGAUGUAUUUUAAUAGCUUAUUUUUAAACAAAUGAAAUGCAAAUAUUUCCUAUUCCAUGUAACAUUACCUUUUUUUUUUUUAAAGAGCUGCUUUCUUCACACUUCCACCUUCCAAAAUAAUAAAACCUAUUGCAAUACAUGUAUGCCUCA